AUGCCACGCAUCAAACGAAGGACCAAGGACGAAGAUUUGACCCGCGUCCGCAACAACCAGCGUCGCUGCCGACAGCGUAAACGCGACUAUGUGACGGAUUUCAAGCGAAGGCUGGCAUCUUUGGAGGAUGUCACGUCGCGGGAGAUCCGGAGACUGCAGUCUCUGACGAUUAAGCUGCUCCAGGAGAGCGAACGGCUCCAGGCCUUCCUCGAUGAUUCUUUGGACGUUGACGACAUGGUACCCAAACUCCGGGGUCCUGGUAUGAAGAACGACACUCUGAACGCGCGCACCGCCUCCGACACACACGCCCACACAUUACCUCCUUGCCCACCAUCUCCGUCAGAGAUCAUAUCUAAUGCGUGUGGGAAGUGCGUAAGACCAACCGAGACCACGAGCCCGGAUGAUACAGCCCCAGUUCGCUUCUCCUAUCUAUCAUCCUCUGCGUUCACCGAGCAAGUCGAUGGUAUCUCGCUGUUAGAUACAGGCUAUCUCCCAUUACCCCCAGAAGUCGCCCCGGCUCCUGGAUCUAGGCUCCUCCCUGAGCAGCGCAUCCCCGGAAUGGCAUUGCAAACAGUGUCCCCAAAGGACAAUGAGAAAAACACGACCGUGUGCACAGUGGCCCUCGAGCUGGUCAUGAGUUGCAACACGAAAUAUCUCAGUAUCUCCGAGCUGGAUCUGCGUCUGCGGGCCGAAUAUCGAAGCGCGCGGUUCCAAUGGGAGGGCUGCCGAGUUAAUAAUCAGGUCUUGUUUGCUGUUCUUGCGGAGUUCCUGUCAGAAGAGUGCAGACAAUCAUGUAAUGGUAAUCAAGGCACGUUCUUUGAUCGUGUCUGGUUCAACCGUGCGACAUUAUGGAAGUCACGAGAUGAUGGUAUAAACCUUGUCCAUGUGAAAAUGCCCAUCUAUUUGGAUUGUUCUGCCGCCCAUCUUACUUUACUUCCUCCUUCCCCUCCACGAAACGCGAGUUGUGUCGAGUGGCACGCGUUACCAGUAUUAGUUCCGAAGCUUAGACGACCUAUCCAAGGCCUUAAACUCGAUAACGGUGGAGAUGCUGCUCUCAUUGUGGAUACUAAGUGCAUCGCACAAAUAGAUUAUCCUCUGGAUAUCCACCUGAUUGGUCACGAGGAAGGCACAUGCUGUCUGACCGGCGACCACUCUGGCGUGGUCGGAGAGCACUUGGACGGCAUCGUGCUCGUCCAGUCUGCCAAAGAUCCAUCUGACAGUUUACGAGCAAUCGCCACAGUGCUUCCAGACCGCAGUACCCAGCCGCAGCACGACUGA